AUGGGCUGGCCAGUGUGCAACUCGACCACAGAGGAUCAGACGAUUCAGGAGAUCCCACUCUGGGAUGGCGGCAUCCCAUUUCAUACCCUGGCGCUCAUGGUGGGCGCCGCAUGCGCCAUCAUCGCCUGCGGUGUCUCGUUGAUUCUGAUUCUACUUCAUGCCACACAUUACAGCAAGCCGAUCGAGCAACGACAGUGGGUUUCCUUUCCCUUCUCCGAUUCCAGUGCAUCGAGCAUUGCUGACAUGGUCUUCCGCCGCAGUAUCAUUCGCAUCCUAUUCAUGGUCCCCGUAUAUUCGAUCGUCGCAUGGUUGAGCAUGUACUUCUACCAUGACUCCGUCUACUUUGAAGUCAUGGGCGACUGCUACGAAGCGUUCUGUAUCUCCGCCUUCUUCUCCCUCAUGUGCCACUAUAUCGCCCAGGACCUACACAGCCAGAAGGAUUACUUCCGUGGAAUCCAGCCGAAGCCAUGGCUCUGGCCGUUGAACUGGCUUCAGAAAUGCUGUGGUGGUGAGCGCAUUUGGCGGACCCCGCGCAGCGGAUUGACAUGGUUCAAUAUCGUCUGGGUUGGGGUUUUCCAAUACUGUGUGAUGCGCGUCCUUAUGACUAUCGCUGCGGUUGUCACGCAGAGUUUGGGGGUAUACUGCGAAGCGUCGCUCAGUCCUGCAUUUGCGCACAUCUGGGUUCUUGUUAUCGAGUCGGUCUCCGUUACUAUCGCCAUGUACUGUCUGAUUCAGUUCUACCACCAGACCAGCCAAGACAUCAAGCAACACCAGCCAUUCUUGAAGAUCAUGUCUAUCAAACUCGUCAUUUUCCUCUCAUUCUGGCAAUCGACACUUAUCAGUCUUCUGGUCUCCGAGGGUGCUCUCAAGCAGACCGACAAAAUCGCCAUGAACGACCUCAAAGUCGGAAUCCCCGAGCUGAUGAUUAACGUUGAAAUGGCUAUAUUCAGCAUUCUCCAUCUAUGGGCCUUUUCGUGGAAGACUUACAGACUCACCGACAUGUCAAGUGAAGUAACCGAUUUCUAUGGGAACGGCAAGUCCGUCUAUCAAGGUGGACGAUACGGCGUCAGAGCAUUAAUUGACGCCAUGAACCCAUUGGAUUUAUUGAAAGCCAUCGGUAGAAGUGCACGAUGGCUAUUCAUCGGACGCAAAAGCCGUCUACUGGAUCCCAGUUACCAGCCACAAGAGUCCCUUGGCCUUCAGCCACCCCAAGAAGGCAGCGAGCUCACCCAACACGGAACAGCAUACCACGGCGCCGGAGCGGCCGUCUCCAACGGCCGAAAAGCCCGCUACGGAGACACGCCUCAAGAAGAGGCCGAUGUGCUUCUCGGUCACGCACAACCGAAUCCCGAGGUUGCGCUCAUGGCCCCUUCGCCUUAUGCUUCGGACUUUGACGAUCACAUCCACGAUCCACCGGGCCGCUUUUACAGUCGAAGCCCGUCGCCCUACGGUGACCUUGAUUCCCGCAGUCAUGUCAAUCUACAUCCAGACCCUCCGAUCUCUCCAUAUCCCUCCGAUAAGCCUCUCCGUGAGCAGGCUCCCAUGCCGCUGCCGGAACUCUAUCGCCCUGCACACAGCCGUCAGUCAUGA